UCAGAAACAGAGAUGGAGGAGAGUAAACCUGUCGAAUAUAAACACAUCAGAAAACUUCGCAAAAAAUUGCGACAAAUUGAAUACCUUGAACUCUUGAACCGGGACCUAAAUGAAGAGGAGAUAAUCAAGGUAAACAGCAAAGAUAACAUUCGUGCAGAACUUCAGAGGCUGUUAAAGGAAUAUUUUCCGGAUGAAGUUGAUAUAAUGAAAAGGACAGGAGGUGAGUUCAGCAAUGAGCCUCAAGAGAAAAAAAGUCGUAAUGGAGAAGAGGAAGUGGAGUUCUGGGAUUUAUCCACCACUUCUCCUGUGGAAACUGUCAAAGAAGAGAAUCAAGGAAAACCUGCAGUCACUUCACAGACCCAAGUAGCAGAAGUUGUUAAUGCAAUUAAGCCACAGAAGACGUCUAGGCCGACUCAAGCCCUUGCAGCAGGGGAGAUAACUUCAAAACAAGAUGUUCCCCAAGAGAAGAUGCCUCAGCCAGCAAAGGGAAAGCCAGCAGAGCCAACAAAACCAAGGAAAGAACCAUGUAUAUGGAGAGAUACCAAUUAUAAAGUGUAUACUUUGAAAGGUCAUAAUGACAUCAUUUUAGAUGUGGACUGUUCUGAUGGAUAUGUUCUGUCAGCAAGUCGGGAUACAACAGUGAGGGUUUGGCGUGUGGGUGGUAUAGAAGAAGAAAGGAGUCUGCGUGGCCAUAGAGCAUCAGUUACCAAGGUAGCAUUUCUUCCUGGAGAACUUGCAGCUACUGUGUUGGCAAAGCUGGAGUCAGAGUAUGAUGAGAUCCCAUCAGUACAAGGACAACAAUCACCAGAAUGCAGAGUGCUAGCUGUGUCAGGUGGACUUGACUGUACAGUGAAGGUGUGGGAUAUUAUCUCAGGUGAAAGCCAUGGGUCCAUAUACACUUAUAAUGGAAUAACUUGCUUGAGUUGUGGAACAUGGGGCAUUGUGACAGGCACAGAGGGUGGUAAAUUGGAAAUAUGGUGUGUUUCAAGUGGCCAGCGCUUUGCCUUUGUUAAUGCCUUUGAGAGCCAAGUCAUAUCUGUUACGGUCAAAGGAAAUGUGAUAUAUGCAGGAAGUUUUGAUGGUGAAAUUGGAAUAUGGAAGUAUGAUAGCAAGAAAAGAACUCUGGGAACUCAAUUCCUAUUGGAACCUGAAUCUCCAACUCAAGUGAGGCUGAGGCAUCUGUCUUGUCUAGCAGCUCAUGGUGACUGUGUGUAUCUUGGAGACAGUGGACCAAAUAUUAAGAAACUUAACUGGAAGAAGAGCAGUGCAACAAGGUUGAAAAAUCAUGUAGGGGAUGCAGGGAUGACGGACAGCUUAACUAUCACUCCGGAGGGACAUCUUCUUUCUGCCUCCUAUUACGUGGAUGUAGGCUAUCCAUCAGUCAAUGUUCGCAGCAUAGAUAAGGAUGAAUACAUUUGCAGUCUUAUCAGUCAGGGUGAAGGACGAUACCUUACUAUGUGCACUUCUAAAGGGGUGAUUGUAACAGGUGGCCACGAACUAAAAGUUUGGGUUUCAGGAGCAAGUGGAAAGACUCCCAGGAAGAAUGCAGGAAUUGAAACUGUUCGACCAAGCUUUCUUCGUAAAUUGUCAAGUCCUGCUCAAGACACUUCUGAUGAAGAUACUGACUUUGCAUCAACCACUGAUGAUGAUGAUGAUGAUGUACAAGUGAGAGCAGGAUCAAAUUCUAUGCUGAGUGAGAGUAAUGAUAGCUCAAGCUGGUGGUGCACAAUUAUAUAAUGUACUUUCACAGAAAAUAUAAAGUAUAAUUGUACUUUUUUGCAGACCAGGAAACUGAUCAUACUUUUGCACUGUCAUUGACAUCUGCUUCUCCUGUGUUUGGGAAUGUUUGUGGCUGAUGUCUAUGGUGAUUGGUCAAAAUGAAUUUACUUCAAAUUGAAAUACAUUUAUUUUAGUUAUGUGGACUAGAUUGACAAAUCAUUUUCUUAUGGAAGAUAACAUAUUUACGUUUCUGGAUGAUAGCGAAAAUAGGACCUUGUUUUGAUCUGUUGUGAUAGAUGUAGAAAGUGUGUUGUGAUAGGUGUAGAGAGUGUUAAUUGACUCUGGCAGUAGAAUCUCUGUGCUUAUUUUAACUUUCUGAUCUGCAGCAUGCUGUUUAUAAUGUUUUCUUUGACUGCACUUCUUAUUUAAUACUUCUGUUCCUGCAUUUUUGGUUAUUCUAGGUAUUCGGAAAUUAUAGCAUCAGAGUUUUUUUUCCUAACCUCUCUGGCUGUAGUUGGACUCUAUAGAAGAAUCAUUGACUUAACCCAAACACCCCGUAUGGCAAGAAUACAUGCCAUGCCCAUUGUAAUACAAGUUUAUUUAUUGUAAUAAUACAUAGAUGGCUCUACAAGUGCUUAGUCACCAAGGAGUCGGUUAUUAGUCCUACGUAUCUCACCUGUUUACCCUUUUCCUUGACUUUUUUAAAGGGUCUUUUACAUUAAUUCAUUGUCUUUAAUGUUAUUGAGGUUUUAAUAACAAUUUAAUAAUCAUAACAUCAAUAACAAUAAUAAUAUUGAUGUCAACUGUAUUAAAAAGAAAAACACAUUUUCCCGCCAAUUUAAGGAAUGGUGAAAUCAGGAUCGGUCACUAGGGCUACUGACUCCUUGCUGGAUGAGUACAUAUGGAGCCAUUUGUAUGUAACAACAUUCACAAAAAACUACAGGGGACAGAACAUAGAUCUGGGGUAAAUGGGUUAAGAGUAGAAAAAAAUAUGCAUGGUACUUUGAACUAUUAUUUUAUAACUUCUAUCGGGAGUACCAGAGCUGCAAAAAAUAUUUUCCUUUCUGGGAACCUGGGAAACAGGACAAAAAUUUUCUGCUAGGUAAAAAUAUUGUGUACAAUAGUUCUACCAAUAGUACGCAAUUUUUUUUUGAAGGUCUUCUAAUUUAUUGGGUCUGGAGAAAGUUUCCAAUAAAAUAUUGUAAUUUGGUUGUUGGAUCUUUUUUAUUUUUGGCAAAGAGGGACUAUGCAAAAAAGUAAACAAAAAUCAAACAACUUUGUGAUUAGCUAUUAGCUUGGAUGCAUUCUACAACCUGAGGACUUUAAACUUACACUUGUAUAAAAUUUCGUUCUGUUUUGAAAAAAUCAAGAAACAAUUUUUGUAAUUGCACAGAACAGUUAUUUUUUAUCAAGUUUUGCUGAAAAUUUUCUGCCAAGCCAAAAAAAAUUCUGGGAAUCUAGUUCCUGGGUUCCCAUACUUUUUGCAGCUCUGGGGAGUACUAAAAUACAAGUUCCUAAUAUAUUGUAUAUUAAUGUAGGUAUAUGAUUUAUUGUAUGUGAUAUAUUACAUGUAUUCAUAUAUACAGGUUAACAGAAAUGUAAUAUAUUUGAUAAAAAAUGAUAUUUGAGUUAUGAAACAAAAGAAUUAAUAUACAAAGAAUGUUGACAUAAUUUUGUAUGUGAUUGAUAUAUUAUAAGUGCCUUAACAAGUACCAACUGAUAUUUUUUUGUAGAGGAUCUAGCAAAUUUCAUAAUUGAAAGACUAAAGCAUUAAGAAGAUUUGGGUAAUUAAAAUAUGAUCUGCCUCUAAAUUCCUGAAACAAUUGUGGAUGGUGCUCAGUGAAGGACUGUUUUAUACACUAAUUACCUGUCAUUGUAGCUCUUGACUAAAAGAAAUAAUUUGUUAAGUGAUUUAUAGUAUACUAUAUAAAGUUACACAAGUUCAAUAAGAAUAUUUUAGGUGUGGACAAAAUAAUUUAUAGAUAAGUAACUAUUUUUCUGAGAUAUGAACUGUAAUUUAGAAUAUAGAUAAAUAGCAAUAUAUUUGUUAUGUUUGAAUAAAAUAUAAGAUAUUC